CGGAGUCUUGAGCCCGACUCAAGUUUGUGCGUUUAGACACACUGAUCUGGCACGACCUCUUUCUCUCUCUAUAUAUAUAUAAUGCGUCUCUCUUUCUCUCUCACACACAAUUAGUUCUCUCCUGGCCUGCUUUAAUUUUUUUUAAUUUCUUCCCCCAAAAGAUAAAAUAGAUUGGAAUAAUCGCAUAGAAAUCGAAGAACUUAUUCGGGCCCCCGAUCGCAAAUCAAAUCUUUUAUUCUCGUCUGAUAAAUUUUCGAGGGGUUUGAUGCCGAACAGCUAAUGGUUGAUUUUUCAGGAGCCUCUUAUGUAUUUCUAUGACUAGUUGUAUAUUUUUUCUUUAGAUUUUUUUUUCUCGAUUUCUAUAGGGAGAGUGAACAAUUUUGUACCCUGAAGAACAACUCUGGAAACAUAUGUAACAUUUAAAUUUUAUAUUAGUUGUGUUGCUUUUUUAUACCCAAUCGAAUUUUGCAUGCGAAAGGGAAGUUAAUUCUUCGAGGGAAACACCAUUUGAUUCAAUCGACUGAGAUUGGAUUGGAUGAGUGCGGGUCCUUGAUCGUGUGGAAUUUAUAGGACGGCGUUUCGGUGUGGUUUUAAGUGUUAAUGGAGAGCUUAGUGCAGUUGGAAGUGUUGUGUGAGAGACUUUAUAACUCGCAAGACUCUGCCGAACGGACACAUGCUGAGAACACUCUGAAAUGCUUUUCAACGAAUGUCGAUUAUAUUUCGCAGUGUCAGUAUAUUCUGGACAAUGCUUUGACCCCUUACGCUUUGAUGCUGGCUAGUUCAAGCUUGUUGAAGCAAGUGACGGAGCAUAGUCUCUCCUUGCAGCUACGCCUUGAUAUCCGAAAUUACCUUAUAAACUAUCUGGCAAGCAGAGGUCCUGAGCUGCAGCCCUUUGUGAUUGGAUCUUUAGUUCAGCUUUUAUGUCGACUUACCAAGUUUGGAUGGUUUGAUGAUGAUAGAUUCAGAGAAGUGGCUAAAGAAUCUAUUAACUUUUUGAAUCAGGCAACAUCUGGUCACUAUGCUAUUGGGUUAAAGAUAUUAAAUCAACUUGUUUCUGAGAUGAGUCAGCCAAAUCCAGGAUUGCCUUCAUCACAUCAUAGGAGGGUGGCUUGUUCCUUCAGGGAUCAAUGCCUUCUCCAAAUUUUCCAGAUAUCUUUGACGUCACUAAAUCAACUUAAAAAUGAUGCCAUCAAUAAGUUGCAAGAAUUGGCUCUAUCGCUGUCAUUGAAAUGCUUGUCAUUUGAUUUUGUUGGAACGUCUAUUGAUGAAAGUUCUGAAGAAUUUGGGACUGUUCAGAUUCCAUCUGCUUGGAAGUCUGUGUUGGAAGAUUUUUCAUCAGUACAGAUAUUUUUCGAUUAUUAUGCGCUCACAAAACCCCCUAUAUCCAAGGAGUCACUGGAGUGCUUGGUGCGAUUGGCUUCUGUAAGACGUUCUCUAUUUACCAAUGACGCCACACGUUCCAAGUUCUUGGACCAUCUAAUGUCAGGAACCAAAGAAAUUUUAAGAACAGGGCAAGGUCUUGCUGACCAUGAUAACUACCAUGAGUUCUGUCGCCUACUUGGACGAUUCAGAGUCAAUUAUCAGUUAUCUGAACUUGUGACCAUGGAAGGUUAUGGUGAUUGGAUACGUUUAGUUGCUGAGUUCACGUCAAAAUCUUUGUUGUCCUGGCAGUGGGCCAGCAGCAGUGUGUAUUAUCUUUUAGGGCUCUGGUCUAGAUUGGUGAGUUCUGUACCCUAUCUAAAGGGUGAUGCACCAAGUUUGCUUGAUGAAUUCGUGCCUAAAAUCACUGAAGGUUUCAUCACUUCAAGAUUGGAUUCUGCUCAGUCUGGCCUACCUGAUGAUAUAUCCGAGCAUCCACUUGACAAUGUCGACCUUCUUCAAGACCAGCUGGAUUGUUUUCCACAUCUUUGCAGAUUUCAGUAUGAAAACAGUAGCAUGUUCAUUAUCAAUAUCAUGGAGCCUAUUCUUCAAAUUUACAUGGAAAAAGCACAGCUUCAGACUGGUGAUAAUAGUGAACUUUCAGUAGUUGAAGCCAAGCUUGCUUGGAUAGUACAUAUAAUUGCGGCUAUUUUAAAAACGAAGCAAUCAGUUGGCUGCAGUGCUGAAUCACAAGAAGUAAUUGAUGCCGAACUUUCAGCUCGUGUUCUGCGACUAGUAAAUGCUGCUGAUAGCGGUUUACACAGUCAGAGAUACGGUGAAUUAAGCAAGCAAAGACUUGAUCGAGCAAUUCUUACAUUUUUCCAGAACUUCAGAAAGUCUUAUGUGGGUGACCAGGCUAUGCAUUCAUCAAAGCAGUUGUAUGCCCGGUUGUCUGACCUGAUUGGACUAAAUGAUCAUCUGUUGCUGUUGAACUUUUUUGUCCAAAAAAUUGCUACAAAUCUCAAGUGUUAUACAGAGAGCGAGGAAGUUAUCGACCAAACCUUAAGUCUAUUUUUGGAGCUGUCAUCUGGUUAUAUGACUGGAAAGCUACUUCUUAAGUUGGAUACUAUCAAGUUCAUAGUUGCCAAUCACACUAGGGAGCAUUUUCCAUUUCUUGAAGAGUAUCGAUGCUCUCGAAGCAGAACAACAUUCUAUUACACCAUUGCCUGGUUAAUAUUCCUGGAGGACAGUGCAGCCCUCUUUAAAUCUGCAAUGGAUCCUCUGCUGCAAGUAUUCAUCACUUUGGAAUCAACACCUGAGACCAUGUUUAGAAGUGAUUCUGUGAAAUAUGCUCUAAUUGGAUUGAUGAGAGAUCUGAGGGGGAUAACAAUGGCCACAAAUAGUCGAAGAACUUAUGGGCUUCUGUUUGAUUGGAUUUAUCCGGCUCACAUGCCAAUUCUGUUAAGGGGAAUCUCACAUUGGGCUGACAAACCGGAGGUGACAACACCGUUGCUGAAAUUCAUGGCCGAAUUUGUGUUAAACAAAGGUCAACGUUUGACUUUUGAUACUUCAUCUCCAAAUGGCAUACUUCUUUUCAGAGAAGUUAGCAAACUACUUGUUGCCUAUGGGUCAAGGAUUUUAUCCCUACCAACUGCUACUGAUAUAUAUGGCUUCAAAUACAAGGGAAUAUGGAUUUGCUUAACUAUUCUUUCACGGGCACUUGCUGGAAACUACGUCAACUUUGGUGUGUUUGAACUUUAUGGUGAUAGAGCACUUGCUGAUGCACUUGAUAUUGCCCUUAAGAUGACUCUUUCAAUUCCAUUGGCCGACAUUUUGGCUUACAGGAAGUUAACAAAGGCAUACUUUGCGUUAGUGGAGGUUCUGUUUAACAGCCAUCUUGUUUUUGUAUUGAGUUUUGGUACACACACCUUCAUGCAUAUUGUUGGUUCACUUGAGUCGGGUCUCAAAGGUCUCGAUGCUGGUAUAUCCUCACAGUGUGCGUCUGCAAUUGAUAAUUUGGCUGCUUUCUAUUUCAACAAGAUCACCAUGGGGGAGGCCCCCUCAUCACCAGCUGCAGUUAAUCUUGCCAGGCAUAUUGCAGAAUGCCCAGCAGUGCUCCCUGAAAUACUCAAAACCCUCUUUGAGAUUGUUUUAUUUGAGGACUGCAGCAACCAAUGGAGUCUUAGCAGGCCAAUGUUGAGCUUGAUACUUAUAAAUGAGCAGAUGUUUACGGACUUGAAAGCUCAUAUUUUGGCUACACAGCCUCUCGAUCAGCAUCAGCGCCUUGCUUCCUGUUUCGACAAAUUGAUGGCUGAUAUUAAUCGAAGCACGGAUCCAAAGAACAGAGACAAGUUUACCCAAAAUCUGACAAUAUUUAGGCACGACUUCCGCGUCAAAUAAAACCUCCGUCAUAGUAUUUUGUUGGUUUUAUUAGUGAAAGAAAGGAGGGAAGUCACAUGAAACUACAUUAGAAUCGGGUUUGCUAUGUGCAUUUCAUUUUCGAUAUAGGGUCAGAAGUUAUCCGUGACAAUCGACCAAAUUGCGUUUUCAUAGGCUUACGGUUAUUAGGUGGUUUCAUUGGCUCGUUUAAUGCUCUGCAUGUACAGAGAGUUUUUACAUUCGUCAGCUCCCCUAAGUUUCGUAGGAGAGUUAGCAUGAAAGGUAACUUGCAACAAAAUGCAUCUCAUUCUUUAAUUUUUGGCUAACAGGGUGUAGAAACUAUAUAGGUUAUAUAUAGAUUUUGCAGCUUGAACAAUUCUUGGCCUUUUAAUAUUAAUUAUUACAUGGAGAAAAGUUUGUGUAUUCCUGAUAAGUCAAUGUUUAUGCAGUUAUAUGUAAAUGUAGAAGGAUCUGUUUGGGAAGUAUCUUUGGCUUUAACUUGUUAUCUCGUGUGAUGUUUGCCCACGGGCAAC